AUGUUGAAGAAAAGUGUGUGGAAGAAGUAUGCUGGUGAUGCAGUGAGCGUGCACCAGGAGCAGGCCCUGAGCACCACCAUCCUCCUCCUGAAAACCUAUGGACCCACGGGCUUCCUGCUCCGAGAGGAGGGACAGGACUCCGACUGCAAGGUGUUCUUGGGUCAACCACAUUCCUGCACUUGUCCAGUCUUUCUGAGGGAGGGGGAGCCCUGCAAACAUAUCUGCUGGAUUUUAUUAAAGAAGUUUCAGCUUCCCAAAGAGCACGAAUAUAGUUUCCAGUGCGGUCUGAGUGAGCGGCAGAUCUCAGAGGUGCUUCAAGGGUCUCACCAGACUCCUCAGCCCAGUCCCCCCGGAGCCUCUCCGCCUGCUGCUGCUGCUGCUGCUGCUGCAGGCUGGGUGCUUCGGAGAGACAUCCAACCCCAGGAUGUGUGCCCCAUCUGCCAGGAGGAGCUGCUGGAGCGGAGGCAGCCUGUGGCCUAUUGCCGGUUCAGUUGUGGUAAUAACGUGCACAUCUCAUGCAUGAAGGUGUGGGCGGAUCAUCGUCAGCACUCAGCCUCAGACUCGGGGAUGGUGAAGUGUCCUCUGUGCAGGGAGGACUUCUGCUCAGUCCAGUCUCUGUGGGAGCAGGUGAAGAAUGCAGCCCAGCUCCACACAGCAGCAGAGAGAGAGAGCCCAAACAAGCACUUAGGAGUGUCCUGUACUCACUGCAGGGUCACUCCCAUCUCAGGGAAGUGCUUCAGAUGCACAGUUUGCACUCAUGUAUAUUUCUGUGAGAGCUGCUCAGAGAAAGAUUGCCACCUCCAGCAUCAGUUAGCCGUCCGCUCAACAAGAAAAGAGGAGUGGUGCCUUAUGUCCAAACACUCAAGAGAGGCUUCGUCUGUGAAUGACCAUGUCCUGGACGGGCCCCUGUCCUUGGCGCCUCUUCGAGACAGCGUGCUGGCUCAGGUGGCUAUGGUGCAGGUGCGUGUGGGAUCUCCACUGCUGCAGGACGGGGUACAGUGUCGGAUGUGUCUGCAGACCUUCACCCUGGGAGAAACGCUCCGAGUGCUGCCCUGCCGCCACAAGUUCCAUGCUGGGUGCGUAGAUGGGAUCCUACAGACGACCCAUGCCUGUCCUCUGGAUGGGUUUGUCAUCUACAACCCAGAGACACGGAGAGGCUCUGGAAAGAAGAGCAAUUCCAAAUUAGCAUCCCCAAAUACCAGACCUCAUGCGAGCCAAACCGCUGGGACCAACCUCAAGGACCUCUUUGUGCCCGGUGUGGCUCUACAAGAGAAGAAGCAUCAGACAGAGGUGCCUACAAACUCUUCAACUGUUAAUGCUACCACCAGUCAAAAGUGUAUGAAAAAGAUAACCUCACCUCCAGUUCUGUGUGUCAGUGUCGGAGAUAAACCUCAGCCCAGUCUCUACGUUGGUGCACUGAACCCAAAGCCCCAGAGCGGAGUGUCUGUGUGUAGGAGAGCAAGAAUCCAGCCCAAAAUAAGAAGCACAGUUGACAAAGAAGCCCCCUCCCAGCUCACAAUGACAGGAGUCUUACUAACCCCACAAAGUCCCAAAUGA